GUUUGUAACGCAUACACCGGGAUGCAGCAGCGUGGUGCGUGUGGACCAGGGCAAUAGAACGCUGGUGUGAACAAUUACGUGGAACAUUGGGGAUAUUUUGAGUACCGUCAGACAGCGUUGCCUGUCAUCAUGGAUGAUGACCUUUUCUCAGUGUUUGAAGAUAAAUCAUCUGUAACACCAGAUAAUGCAAACAAGAAUGGGAAUGCUAAGCAAAAAACUUCAAAAGAAGUGGAGCCAUCAGUGGAUGACCUGCUGCAGCAGCUGACAUCUGGUAAGAGAAAUGCUGAGGAGGCCAGUGGUGAUGAAGCUGAUGAUGCCAAGAAAUUCAAGGUGGAGGAAGAGGCAGUAGAUGAUGCUAAGCUGGCCGAGCAGAUGCCGCGGAUCCAGGUGCACACCAUCGACACGAUGGAGUCGUGCGUGCACGAGGUAUGCGUGCCGCCCGACCAGGAGUACGUGCCGCUGACGGCGCCCACCCGGUCGCCGCCCAAGGAGUACCCGUUUGUGCUGGACCCGUUCCAGAAGGAGGCCGUGCUCUGCCUGGAGAGUAACCAGUCGGUACUGGUGUCGGCCCACACCUCCGCCGGAAAGACGGUCGUCGCCGAGUACGCCAUUGCCUUGUCUCUGCGCGACAAGCAGCGGGUCAUCUACACGACCCCCAUCAAGGCGCUGAGCAACCAGAAGUACCGCGAGUUCAACGAGGAGUUCCAGGACGUGGGCCUGAUGACGGGCGACGUCACCAUCAACCCGACCGCCUCGUGCCUCAUCAUGACCACAGAGAUCCUGCGCAGCAUGCUGUACCGAGGCUCGGAGGUGAUGCGCGAGGUGGCCUGGGUCGUGUUCGACGAGAUCCACUACAUGCGGGACAAGUCGCGUGGCUACGUCUGGGAGGAGACCAUCAUCCUGCUGCCCGACUCGGUCCACUACGUCUUCCUCUCGGCCACCAUACCCAACGCCAGACAGUUCGCUGAGUGGAUCACCUACCUGCACAAGCAGCCGUGUCACGUGGUGUACACGGACUUCCGGCCGACGCCGCUGCAGCACUACAUCUACCCGUCCGGCGGCGACGGUAUCCACCUGGUGGUCGACGAGCAGGGCACGUUCCGCGAGGACAACUUCAGCGCCGCGAUGGCCGGUCUGGCGAACCCGAGUGACGCGGCGCGCAAGACCCGCGGCCCCGGCAACAAGGCCGGCUCCAAGGAGGGCACCAACGUCUACAAGAUCAUCAAGAUGGUGAUGGAGCGCAACCUGGCGCCUGUCAUCGUCUUCAGCUUCAGCAAGAAGGAGUGCGAGGCGUACGCCCUGCAGAUGGCCAAGCUGGACUUCAACACCGGCGACGAGAAGCGGCUGGUGGAGGAGGUGUUCAACAACGCGAUGGACGUGCUGUCGGAAGAGGACCGGCAGCUGCCGCAGGUGGAGCACGUGCUGCCGCUGCUACGGCGUGGCAUCGGCAUCCACCACGGUGGCCUGCUGCCCAUACUGAAGGAGACGAUCGAGAUCCUGUUCGGAGAAGGUCUGAUCAAGGCGCUAUUCGCCACUGAGACGUUCGCCAUGGGCCUGAACAUGCCGGCCCGCACUGUGCUCUUCACUGGCUGCAGGAAGUUUGACGGCAAGGACUUCCGAUGGCUGUCGUCUGGCGAGUACAUCCAGAUGUCGGGCAGGGCCGGCCGGCGAGGCAAGGACGACAAGGGCAUCGUCAUCCUCAUGGUGGACGAGAGCAUGUCGCCGGCCGUGGGGAAGAACCUGGUGAAGGGCAUGGCCGACCCGCUCAACUCGGCCUUCCACCUCACAUACAACAUGGUACUGAACCUGCUUCGCGUGGAGGAGAUCAACCCCGAGUACAUGCUGGAGCGCUCCUUCUUCCAGUUCCAGAACUACGCCGCCAUUCCAGGACUGUGCGACCGGGUGAACAAGGCGCGCACCAGUCACGACGCUCUCAGCAUCGCGCGCGAAGCCGAGGUGGCCUCCUACUACAAGCUGCGCAUGCAGCUGGCCGCGCUCAAGAAGGACUACCAGAAGUACAUCACGCUGCCCAAGUACAUCGUGCCGUUCCUGAACCCGGGCCGCGUGGUGCACGUCCAGACGGACGACAAGGACUUCGACUGGUGCAUCGUCAUCAACUACAAGCGGGAGGAGGCCAAGAAGACGGACAACCCGCUGGAGUCCAGCGCCACGUACGUGGUGGACGUGCUGAUGCACGUCUCCAAGGAGACGGCCCAGCUGAAGGAGACAGCGCUGCUGGAGCCGCCGCCGACUGACCAGAAGGGCGAGAUGGUGGUGGUGCCAGUACUGGUGCACCUGAUCGACGAAAUCAGCGCCGUUCGGCUCAAGUACCCGCAGGACCUUCGGCCGCUCGACAACCGGAUGAUUGUCCUCAAGACCAUCAAGGAGAUGAAGCGGCGCUUCCCGGCGGGCGUGCCGCGGCUGGACGCCGUCAAGGACAUGGGCAUCCGGGACCGUGAGUUCGUCUCGCUGGUGGAGAAGAUCGAGUCGUUUGAGCGCCGCCUCUUCUCCCAUCCGCUGCACGACGACCCGCAUCUCGACGAGCUCUACAACCAGUACGUCGAGAAGGUGGAGCUGAACAACGAGCUGAAAGCGGCCAAGCUGGAGCUGCGCCGCGCCAAAUCGCUACUGCAGAUGGACGAGCUCAAGUGCCGGAAGCGCGUGCUGCGCCGGCUCGGCUACUGCACGGCCGCUGGGGUCAUCGAGGUCAAGGGUCGCGUCGCGUGCGAGCUCAGCAGUGCCGACGAGCUGCUAAUCACCGAGAUGAUCUUCAACGGCAUGUUCAACGAGCUGACGGUGCCGCAGUCGGUGGCGCUCAUGUCCUGCUUCACCUUCGACGAGAAGUCAAAUGAUGCGCCCAAGCUGCAGGACCAGCUGUCGGGCGCGCUCCGACAGAUGCAGGAGCUCGCCCGCCGGAUAGCGCGCGUCAGCGUCGAGGCCAAGCUGGAGCUGGACGAGGAGCAGUACGUUGGCCAGUUCAAGCCGGCCAUGAUGGAUGUCGUCAACGCCUGGUGCCAGGGCUCCAGCUUCGGCGAGCUCUGCAAGAUGACGGACGCCUUUGAAGGCAGCAUCAUCCGCUGUAUGCGUCGGCUGGAGGAGCUGCUGCGCCAGAUGGUGCAGGCCGCCAAGGGAAUCGGCAACACCGACCUCGAGAACAAGUUCAGCGAGGGCAUACGCCUGCUGAAGAGGGACAUUGUGUUCGCUGCCAGCUUGUACCUGUAGCUGGAUGCUGCUAGUGUACGGCUGUUAUAUUGCUUGACCCGCAUACCGUUCACAUGUUGACAAGUGAUGACUGGAUAUACAUUAUCA